AUGAAAAAUUACGAAUUCAGUUUGGAAGAAUUGCAAGAUAUUCUUGACAAUUUCGUUAAAAAAAUUGAAAGUAAUUGGCUGUCUUACAAUUUCUAUUGGGUCAAGAGCAUGUGCUACGGUCGCAUGGUAAAUCAAGCUUUUAUGCUUUUCGAUGACAUCUCGGUGCCUUACGUGAAUGUGAAUUCCGUUAUUAUAAGCGCAUUUUUUCGCGCAAUCCUUCCAAUUAUCAGCACAUUCGUAGUUGGAUGCGGUGCUUCCGCAAUACAUUCAAUUAUUCAAAUUCCACUUGAUCGAAUAUUCAAAGUUCAUACGUAUCCACCAAUGUCAAUUCAGCGAAACAAAGCAUGCAAAAUGCGAGAUUUCGUCGCUUUCUGCUGCUCAUUGGUAUAUUUUCUUUUCUCGUUCUUCACAGGUUGCUAUGUACUCGGAAAAUGGCAAAACUCCUCAUUUAUUCAAGGCAUGAAACUUGCUUGCAAAUUAAUUGCUUCCAUUACUCCGGACGUUCCCGCAGUGACACAAACAUUAACUGUACUUACAUUUGCUGCCAGUGCACUUCACAUUUAUACCGGGAUUUGCUACGUUCUCUUCACUGCAAUGCGCUUAUUCAAUUCCGUCACGAUUGCCCGCUUCGAUAUUCCGCAAAUGGACAACAUUGCAGAUGCCCAUAUCACUGACAAAACAGUCCUUUCCAAGCAUUACGACCGAUACUUAAAGGCAAUUCACAACGUGCAAUGA